AUGGGGAUUUCCCUGAUAAAAUCUGUAUCCCUUUUGUCUUCGUUUAAGACACGAGGAUUUGCCAUACGAGCUUCAGGAUAUUUGCUGCUGUUGGUCGCGGGUGCGUACUUUGUCUGCUGUUUAUGGAAGAUCGGAUCGAUCAAUCGAUGGGACUCCAGCAUGCACGCUAAGGGGUUAAUUCACUUCGACCUGUCAAUCCCGUCGUCAUCGUCAUCGUCAUUAUCGAUGUCACGUGAACCUCCCCUUGAUAGGACUAGCGCAUUGAGACUCUCGCGCGACGCCGUGCGCAGAAAACGUCGCGGUACUCUGUCCAAGUAUAUGCUGCAGCUGUACCAUCGGCGCCCGAACGCCGAUGUUAUCCGCGCGAUUCAAUCAGUGCACACCUCCGGCUUGCUCAGCGACGGCGGCAGGAUUCUGGAAUACGCGAUCCCAUCCGCCGGCGUUGAUGAGACGCUGGAGUCUGCAGAAUUGGUCGGGAUAGCCGGCGCGAUAAUCAGAGUACAAUCAUUGAACCAUCUGUCUAAGAUGAAGAACGGGAGCGAGGAGGUCCGAAAGCUCAGGAAGGACGACACGUGGCGGGCCUUCGACGUCACGUCUAUCGUCGCCGGCAGGAAUGGCGACACGGUGAAGCUUUACGUUCACGGUAGGCUGACCUACCAUCCUUACGGUGACGGGCCGAUUCUUCUGCUGAAUUACAAGAAGGUCAGAGGCGUCCGGCGCCAUCGGCGAUCCGCGGAGGAUCAAGAGGAUCAGGAUCGUUGGGAGGACGAACCGCCACGAAGAAGACGCCGGAACAGUUGCCGCCGGCGUCCUAUGUACGUGGACUUCGCCCUGAUCGCGUACGACGACUGGGUGGUCGCACCGCCAGGGUACGAAGCUUAUCAAUGCACCGGUAAGUGCUUCUUUCCGAUGGGCGAUCAUCUCAGUCCGACCAAGCACGCGAUAGUGCAGACGUUGAUGCAUGGCGCAGUUCAGGCCAGCGAAGAUCUCCGUGGCAACAAGUUUGUCAGUAGAGCCUGCUGCGUACCCACCAGAUUAGCGCCUACGAGUCUGCUCUACCUGGACGCCAGAGGAACUUUGACCUACGAAUACGGCUACGAGGACAUGGUCGUCACCGAGUGCGGUUGUCGCUAG